AUGUUGACUGCAUUCGUUUUUCUCCUCGUCUACAGCGAGGCGGCAUUGUCGUUCAUGCACAUUCGUGAUCCGAACUCAUGGACGCAACUUCAUCAACUGGAGGAGGCGAACAACGUUCGUAGACGUUCAGCCUAUAAGUGGACAGAAGAAUGGCUUGAUAACGUACCUGUCGACCACUUCUCAUUUGCUAAUAAGGACAAUUUUAAGCUACGGUAUUUUCUUAACGUCGAAAGCUAUGAAAAAGGUGGCCCGAUUUUCUUCUACACGGGAAAUGAAGGGAAACUGGAGGGCUUUGCGAUGAACACGGGUUUUAUGUGGGAUAUCGCACCAGAGUUCCAUGCUGCCGUCGUCUUCGCUGAACAUCGCUUCUACGGAAAAACUCAACCUUAUGGCGAUAAGAGUUAUAAUACGACCGAUCACCUUGGUUAUCUUAGCUCAGAGCAGGCUCUGGCUGAUUUUAUAAUGCUUAUCGACCACCUUAAGCAAAAGAAACUUAAUGGUGCACAGAAAUCAGCAGUGAUUGCUUUUGGAGGGUCAUACGGUGGGAUAGCCAUUGCCUCAUCAGCGCCAGUGUUCUGGUUCAUAGAUUCGAAAAUUCCAGAAGAUAUCUACGACAAGAUUGUUACUCGUUCAUUUAUGGCGGCAGGCUGCAAUCGAAAAGCGAUUGAAAAAGGAUGGUUAGCACUGCGGAACCUUGCGCAGACAGCUAAUGGUCGAUCAUACUUGAACGAGGUGUUUCAUCUUGAGGAGAGAUCUCGCUUAACUUCCGAAAACGACUACAAAUUUCUUGCCGACUACAUUAAGGAUGUGUUCGAGACAAUGGCAAUGGUGAACUAUCCGUAUCCCACCGAAUUUCUCACCUCAUUGCCCGGUUGGCCAGUAAAGUACUGCACCGAAAUGGUUCAACCACAGUGCUCAAGUGGAUGGCCAAAUGAUUUCUUCUGGAAGAGUUGUCCAUUCACCGUUGAAGGAGCGAUUGAGGAUUGUAAAGCCUGGUACGUUCUAAAGAACACUGUGCAUGAAAAUAGUUGUCAGGUUGGGUUAGGGUGGCCCUUAUUUAAUUCCUAUACUUAA